CUCCUUUGUCACCGUUUUUUUCUCUCUCCUCCCUCUCGCUUCCAACUCCAGUUUUUUUCCAGAUCAGGAAACCACUCGCCGCCCGUCGAUUAGGGUUUUUAUUUUUUUAUUUUUAUUUUAGAGACGAGGUAGGGUCUUUCGCGCCCCGGAAUCCGUGAGAGUUUUUUUGAGCAUCGGCGCCGCGCGAUGUACGGGGGCGAGGACCCGUUCUUGCAGCCUCCUCACCUCCCCGGCGAGAUCGACGGCGGAGGCGCCGUCAGGAUGGGCGGCGCUGACGAGGCCCCGCAGGAGUCUGGGAGCAUGCCGGAGGCCUUGCAGUUGCAGGCGCCGGCGACGUCGAAUCAGCUCACUCUUUCUUUCCAGGGUGAUGUUUACGUCUUCGACUCCGUCCAGCCGGAGAUGGUUAGAGCAGUUCUAUUAUUGUUGGGUGGACAAGAGGAAUUAGCUUCUGAUGUCACUGGCAUGGCAGUUCCCUUUCAUCCUGAUCACAGGGGUCUACAUAAUGUUUCACGAUCUGCAAAUAAUCCUCAUAGACUUGCUUCUCUUAUGCGCUACCGUGAGAAGAGAAAAAGCCUAUGUUUCAACAAGAAAAUUCUCUAUAAUGUCCGAAAGGAGGUUGCUUCCAGGAUGAAACGCCACAAAGGUCAAUUUGCAUCAUCUAAGGUCAACUCUGAGGAACUGGUUACAGCCUCAUCAAGUGGGAAUUUUGUGCAGAAUAAUUUUCAAGAGGAGACAAAUCAGCAUGCUUUUUGCCUGAACUGUGGAACUAGUAAAGAUUCUACCCCAAUGAUGCGUCGUGGUCCAGAUGGACCAAGAUCUCUCUGCAAUGCUUGUGGGCUAAUGUGGGCAAACAAGGGCACUUUGAGAAGCCAGCCUCCAGUUUCACCAGCUGGAACAUAUAACAUGUCGAUUAACCAAAUGGAGCAGAGUGAUGCCAAUGUCGGGAGCAACAGCCAUAUGUUUUCUGCAACUUCAAGUGGCCAUGAGUCAAUUGUUAUGGCUGAAUCUGGUACGCCAUGGACUUGAUCGGGGUAUAGGGCUGGGCAUUCACAUUGGACAUCAGGUUCAAGUAGGUCAUCUCUCUCUGUAAAUUUAACCACCAAAGGCGAUUUCUGUUUAUAGAGAUAAGUUAUAGCCACCAAAAAUUUUACUCGGUUAUAGGUCAGGUUUUCUGUGAAUGGGCUAGUGAAUAUAUAUAUAUAUAUAGACACACACAGUCUGACGUAGGAUUUACAUUUACUUCAAUGAUUAUUGGAAUUUGUAUUGGCUACAAUGGUCAAGGCAUCCAGCCUGGUGAAAUAUGAUUGCAUUCUUAUUACAAAAAAAAUGAUCGCAUUCUGUACCCGUGCCCGUUUGGCAGUGAAGAGAGGAACACCACGAUCCCCAUCCCCCACAAGAGAAACAAACAAAAAAAGAAACAAAGAAGCGGCGUAUCAGGUUUCGCUGCCGUUGAACUUUAGAAGCUAUCGCAGAACUCCGCCCGGUAUGGCGGACUUCUUUUUGUGCGGUUGCUGCCGUUUGCAGCUGGGCUCCUCGUGGGAUGUGAGAUCAUUAUUCCUGCCCGCCUGGGCUCCUAUUGGCUUUUUUGGAAGAAUAUUUUAUUGCCUUAAAAGAAUUCCGUUAUCCUGAAAGGCAGAAAUUGGUGGAAAUCUAAACCAAUCACAUAAAUUAUCCAAUUAUGAUCGUUAGAUGAAAGAAGAGACUGCCUCCUGCUUCUCUUGUCCUAUCUUAAUAUCUGGUGUCCACGCACAUUGGUUGGCAU